AUGACGGAAGAUGAGCCCAUCGCUUACAACUGGAUCCGCGGCGUGGAAUCCAUUGAAAGGUAUACACCAGGAGGUUAUCACCCUGUAAUGGUCGGCGAUACUCUACACAAACGAUAUCGCAUUGUUGACAAAUUGGGCUCUGGAGGGUAUUCGACCGUCUGGCUUGCACAUGAUGACAAGCUGGACGCGUAUGUUGCUCCGAAGGUCUGUAUCGCAGAUGCUCCUCCCCCGCGAGACAAAGGUGCUGAGAGCGUUGCAUGCUUGUGA